UUGACAAAAAUCCCCUUUCCUAACCACUUUUCCUUGACCUCGAUGGGAAACGUCAAGAUGUGAAGGAGACUUGAUAAGUAAAAACAGAACCGUGGUAUUUAGGGAAUCUGACUACACCUCUGGUCUUCCUCUGGGCUGGCGGCGCCUACUGGUAGACGUAGUAAGUUACAAUGGAGCAGCAUCCUCAACUGCCACCUUUACCACAUCACAUACAAACGCCUGCUCUUUUUAUCUGUGCACAUGAUCAUCAGAUAUCGUUGUGAAGUCUUAACAUCAGCAGGAAUACCCUAAUAAACUGAGAAUUAAAAAGAACGAUGAGUCGUUGCUGGUGAUUAGCACUAAACUCACACUGAGCCGUGUUUGCUGUCCUGAACACACCCCACUGAGUACCCCGAUAUUGUUCAGGGGAAAUAAUGGCUGCACAGGAACCGUCUCCACCAUCUUCCCUGGAAGGCAACAAACCGGGCUUCCCAAAGAAAAUUUUGGCCAACAGCCUCGAAGACAAGCAUUUGUGCAAUUCGUGCCAGAAAAUUCUGAGAAGGCCUCUGCAAGCCCAAUGUGGUCACCGUUUUUGUUCGUUCUGUUUCAACAAAAUUGUGAGUUCUGGACCACAGAAAUGCAGUGCUUGCAUCAAAGAAGACUUAUUUGAGGAACCCACCUCUAUUCUCAAGCAAGGUGGUGCUUUCCCAGACAAUGCAGCUCGGAGAGAGGUUGAGGCCUUGGCAGCUGUCUGUCCCAAUGAGGGAUGCACGUGGACGGGAACUAUCAAAGAAUUUGAGGUUAGCCAUGAGGGCAACUGUGACUUCAUGAUCAUCCUGUGUCCUUCCUGUAAAGAGCUGAUGAGAGCAAAUGAACAGGAACGCCACAAUGAGAGAGAAUGUCCAGAGAGGACACUCAACUGCAAAUACUGCAAAGAACCCUUCUUGUUGAAGAACAUCAAGGCUCAUGAUGAAAUCUGUCCAAAGUACCCGAUGAUUUGUGAAGGUUGUGCAAAGAAAAAGAUCCCCAGAGAAAAGUAUGUGGACCAUAUUAAGUUCUGCAGUAAAUUUAAAGCACCAUGCAGAUUUCAUGUUGUUGGCUGCGAUACGUCUGUGGAGAAAGAGAAGAUUCAUGACCAUGAGCGGCAGUGUUCCUAUGAACACCUCAACUUGCUCCUGCAUUUCAUCAUGGGCAUCAAAGUGAGCCUGGAGAGCCUGCAGCCCCAGAGUUUGGAGGUGGCCAGCCACAAGCUGCAGGAACUCCACCAGUCCCUCAGGGACCUGGAGCAGAAGAUGAGCCAGCUGGGUGGGGCUGCUCCCGUGCAGGGUGCAUGUGCCCCGACCCUGGCCACCUCCUUUACCCCGCUACCCAGCGCCAUGGGUGCCGCACUGGAGCUGCAGCUCCAGAGCGAAAAGACCAAGGUGGCAGAGCUGAGCCGGCGCUGCCAGGAGCUGGAGCUCAAAGUGAGCACAUUCGAGAACAUCGUCUGUGUCCUCAACAGGGAGAUGGAGCGCUCCUGCACCACCAUGGAGGCCUAUAACCGCCAGCACCGACUGGACCAGGACAAGAUUGAGAUCCUCAACAACAAGGUUCGUCAGCUAGAGAGGACUGUGAGUCUGAGAGACCUAUCCAUCGUGGAGAUGGAGGGGAAAAUGAGGGAGAUGUCUGCAGCCACAUAUGACGGUAUCUUUGUCUGGAAGAUAUCAGAUUUCACCAAGAAGAGGCAAGAUGCCGUGGCUGGCCGUGCCCCUGCUAUGUUCUCUCCAGCCUUUUAUACCAGUAAAUAUGGCUACAAGAUGUGUUUGCGAAUCUACCUGAAUGGAGAUGGGACGGGCCGCGGCACCCACUUGUCUCUGUUCUUUGUGGUGAUGAGAGGACACAGCGACGCACUCCUCAAGUGGCCUUUUAAUCAGAAGGUCACCCUAAUGCUGCUUGACCAGAACAACAGGGAGCAUAUAAUCGAUGCCUUCCGGCCCGACAUCUCCUCCUCAUCCUUCCAGAGGCCCGUCAGUGAUAUGAACAUCGCCAGCGGCUGUCCACUCUUCUGUUCACUCUCCAAACUGGACUCUAAAAAUUCUUACAUACGCGAUGACACCAUCUUUAUCAAGGCCAUUGUAGACCUCACUGGACUUUAGGCAUGAGGGCAUGAAUCCAACCCUGCCUUUUGUUGCUACUAACCUGUUUAAAUCAACAGGCUUCUGUAUCACCAGUAACUGGCAUUUCUCUUUGGGGUCUGUCUAGUUCUUUUGGUUUUGGUAUGGAUUGAUGGCGGCAAUAUGUGAGACCAGAGCAGCAAACCAACUUCUUUUUGGCCACUGGUCACAGUAGUUGUUGGUUUUCAAACCUCCUUAACCAUUGUGUUUAACCAAUAAAAGUUUUUAUUUGACAAAACAUUGAUUACCUGCAAAAGUGACUGGAGAAGACCUCGCAGAAGACACACACAGCAUUUGAACUGAUAGAAGCAUUCCAAUACCUAGAUAGAAUAAUAGACGUGUGAAAUAACUAGAACUAUAACACUGUUUCUAAUCUCCAGUGAUUAUUCUGUGGCUUCCUAUACCAUAGAUGAGGCUCACCAUAUCAGUUUUACACAGAAAAAAGACCUUUUGUUUUUUAAGAUAUAAACUGAUUUUAGAACAGUAUGACCAUUCAUAUUCAAAUGUUCGUUUCUUGCUGCAAGUAAUUAAAGUCCUCCAGUGACAAAAAUUAUAUAUUGCUGCUAAUUGCAGUUCUAAUAACCGGUCAUGGUAAAAAUUACACAUUUAACUAUGGAAACUUGAAAUGUUGAUAGAGCAAACUGUUCCUUAUUUACACAUCCAGCAGAGACAGUGUUCAAUGGAAAUUGCAUUUUUGGCAACCAGGGAAAAAGUCCAAUGUAAACUCUCCUGUUUGCUCUGUUUUGGUCCCCACCAACUUCUGAGAAAAAUACCUGGAUCUUUAGCUAGCUCUUUAGCUCUCUGCUCUAUUCUCCAACUAACUUUGUCUGCCGUCAAGUGCUGUGAAGGUAGUGUACAGUGGGUUUAUCAGCGCUUUUUCCACUGAAAACAGCUUCUUGCUGCUGCUAGGCGUAAGGUGAAUGAAAGCCUAAUUCAAAACAGUAAAACUGUGGGUCAUACAAUCAAAACAGUUCAACAAAAUGCUCAGUAGACAUGAGUGAAAACUUCAGAAUCUAAUUUCUACAGUUAUUUGGCUUCUUGUUAACAUAAGAAUAUUGAUAGUGCAGCUUUAAAAAAAGGUCAAACUACAAAUUGCUUGUGAUGCAAAUUGUAUUUAUGUUACCUGAUUUCACCUGGAUUUUUUGUAUUGUAUUUUUGUAUUAAGUUUGAAAAUUCAAACACCAAUACAUUUCCAUUUUUUUAGUAAAAACUGAAAAUAUUGAGCCAUGAAAAUAUUAGCUAUGUAGAUUAAACAGCCUACUAGCACAGCGAUAGAUCAAGCAGGUCUAGGCGGAUGUGCUCACUGUUGGCGUGUGCUGCCUUGAUUAACUGACAUUUUUUGUUAAUUGCGCUUUUUGCAUUUAGAAAUAUGUGUGACACCCAUGUAGCCUUCAGAGUGUUGUUCAGCUUUGCACACAGUUUGUAGUGCAGUUGAAAUUUCAUUUUUAAACUUGCUGAUGGUUUCUUAACACCUAUGCCUCCAACUCUCAUGUCCUGUAUUGGUAAUCAUUGGUAAUCAUUUGUGGUCGUGGACAUUGUUUGAAUUCCAUGAAUUCUGAGUGCAGUAUUUCAAUUAUGAAUGUUAUUGUGUGUGUGUGUGUGUGUGUGUGUGUGUGUGUGUGUGUGAGUGUGUGUCUGAGAGAGAGUAUAUUGUUCCAUUUCUUUGCUGUGAUUUGCAGUUUUAGUUUAAUGUUGGAUCUGUGGAAGAUACACUAUAGCUUACAACAGUUUCUGGGUUGUUUGUCCAAGAAACCUAAACAGUGAUGGUGGUCAAGCUGAUUUGCCCAAAUGGAAACAUGACAUAUUUUAUUACCAAUAAAAGUUAUAUUUACAUAAAAGUUCUAAUAAAAUCAAUAAAUAUCUUUUGAUAGUAAACUUUGGCUUUUUUCAAUAUUUGUUGUCUGCAUAUUUACAAUUUCUUCCACCACUUUACCAAGGAUGUAUUCAUUUUUAUUUGAUCAGUUUAAAAAAUAAAAUUAAAUAACGUGCAUAUGUACAAAUAUUGAAAUUGCCAAAAAUUGAAUAUUGAAUAUAAUAUGAUAUUAUAAUAUUAGAAUUAUGCACAUAUGUACCAACAAGUGAGGUAUAACAAAAAUAUGCCCACUGCAGCGUCUUCACAAAGUAUAUUAAUUUUUAUCUAUAUUUUGUGGUGUUGCCUAAAUUUAGUUCUCCAGACUUGUUAGUUGGGUGUUGAAAAUGGAACUAUGGGUUGGUUGAUUAUUUGGCUUAAGACCUCCUCCCUGCUAGCAGUGCCCUUAGACUCUUGUCUUAUUUAGAUUAAAAAAAAAAAAAAAAAAUCAUAUAGUAACUAACAGUAACUGUACAGUUGUUAGAUUCGUCAGAUGGGACAAACAUCUUUUUAAGUGUUUACUGGCUUAGUUUACAGGCAAUUAAUUGUUAUGUUGUGUGUGAACAGUGUUGAUCUAUGAAGGGUCUCUUCUGACAUGGCAUCUGCUAAGCAGGUCCAUUCAUUGUACAUCUUUCAGAUUUUUGUCUUAGAAAUGCCUCUUUUCUUUACUACAUCUACUGAACUUUUUCCUGCAAACUUGGGGCACAGUUAUUUCUACUUGCCUGGUAAAGACGCACAGAUCCAGGGCCAUAUCAGUCUCCAAAAAACAAAAAAACAAACAGGAAAUCUGCCUAAAAAUUGGCAAAAAUUCUCAGACUGAUACUUUCAGAAUCUAACCUUCGAAAUCACUGUUAUCUCAGCCAAUAUUUAGAGCAGUUCCAGUGGAGUCUAGAUGUGCAGUUUUGAUGGCUAUGUGCAGAGUAGAGACACAAGUUGAAAAUAGAUGAAAGUUGAGUUGAACAGUGAAAAAUAUGAUAAAUGCAGUGUUCUCAGUGGAGAGGCGUGUUUGAUACAUCAUCGCUGUGUGUACAGUACAUCACAGUACAGUACUAUACAAUACAAUCCAAUACAUGUUUUUCUCUAUAAUCAUGAUCAGUCAUUUCAUUUGAAGACAUCAAAAGACAUUCUGCUAAGUUGCUUCAUUACCUUAGAAUUUGUUAUGUGUGUUUAGAUAUCUAACCUAGUCAAUUUCUCCUUACUAAAUUCAGAGAGUCUGCAUUGUGGAACACUUUGUGAGGACACUGAGUUAUAUUUCCAUAUGGGUGUAGCCUUUGGUAGUUCUUGGACAUACAGACACGUGGAAGCUGGAACUGAGAAUGUGUGAAGGUCUCAAGAUGGAUGCACAGCUAAGGUGCUAAAAGAGGGAACAACUGAUGUGAUAUUUUCCUUCCUUUUUGCUUUCCUUACGGCUUUGAACUGACAUACUUUUUACAGAAAAAGAAGUGCCUGUACCUUUUCUUAUAUUCCUUGGGCCCAUUGAGUUGUUGAUGUGCUUUUCUGUGAGUUUAAACCUACCAAAAUGUGAAAGCUUUGAUUUUGUGCAGUGUGUUCUUUGUUUGUUUGUUUGUUUUUUUAAUCGUUCUCCUGUAUGAAACCCCACCCCCUAUACUGGACCCUUUGAUGUGAUAAAAUCCAAGUGACUAAGAAUGUUUCCAUAGUCCCUUUUCAUACAUUAAACUAGUGAAUGUUACAGCAGUACUUUGUUAAACCAUGCACUAAAUGAGGUCAGUAUAACACUUUAACACAGCUUUCGGCAUCUUUAUCCCAGCACAUCCAGCAUGUUUUUAAAAUGCUCAACAUAUACCAAAACCUCUCUGUGCAUGAGAUGUUUCAGUAGGAACACUAGUUCAUAUUAUCCAGUGACUUUUUAUUUUUCAUUUUUUUAUGUUUUCAUGAUCAAUAUGCAGCACGAGUGAGUGUGUGUGAUAUAAUUUUGCUACAAACAUUCACUGUGUGCUUGAGUUUGAUGAUGUGUGUGCUGCUGAGAGAAAGAUCAACAUAUCUUAAUAACAUAUACAUUGUAUUUAUUGAAGAAAAAAGUUUGACUGUAUGUUGAGACAUUUUAAAAGCAUGUGUUGGUUUGUUUGGGACAUUGUGACCAUCAGCAAGAAGGACAAGCUGCAUCUACUGUCUGACCGUGAUAGGUUGCAGCUUAUGUUGUCAGUUUCUGCUUUCGUGUUGAUACAGAUGAAUAAAUCAUUUUUUUCCCUCUUU